AUGAGGGACGAGGGCGAGCCAACCAGUACUCAGGUCGGUACUGGCCCGAUCAAACGUCUAGGGCUGGCGAUCGAAGCUCGUGUGCUUCAAUACGCACUUCUCUUCGACCAGAUGGUGCAUGUGGUUACGCGCCUGGACCCUUAUGUCGAGCCCAUGACAUCUCAAGAGUUGCCGCGCGAUCGCUCGGGCGCCUUGACCUACCUGCGGAGGUUUCACGUUGGCUCCAGACCCUGCAGUCUUACGUAUUCGGCGUUGCGCCCCAACGAGCUGCUGGCACCGCUCCUCGUCAGUCGGGCAUGGCAUACAAUCGGGAGUGAGCUCGGCAGAUUUAUGGCGGGCAUAGGUCCUAAGAUCGCCCUGCUCUCCAGAAUCGAGAUCUUCUGGAUCGGGUCCCAGCUUUUGACUUACCCCAUCAACGAACUGUGA